ACUGUUCAAGUCUCGACUCGACAAAAGCUCGUCAGACAACCGAAAAACUUUUCGGCACACAGAGACGCGGGGAUUUCCGGCACGAAGAUUCUGCCUCAUCUUAGUGUUCGACUCGUUCCCCUCCAAAAAGAGUAACCCUCUCUAAUGUCUGAUAUUGUCAUCGACGACGUCACUGCAUUUUGCACUACUCUGUAGUCUGUUCCUCCACUAUAUUAUAUGAAUACAUCCACACUCACAAAAACCACUCUGUAUCUCCAUACAUACCCCUUCAGUUUCUACUACUACUCCUCUUCUUCUUCAAAUGGCCCAUCCCCAGUGCUGCACUUUUGCUCCGAUCCUAAACCCAAGCUAUGGAGCCGGACAGGUGGAGGAAUUUGGCGGCAUUACCACCUACACAUCGGGCUCCUCCGACUCCAAGCGCGCCAUCCUCCUUAUCGCUGACGUUUUUGGAUAUUCGGCUCCGAACUUGAGGAAUCUUGCUGACAAAUGUGCUGCUGCUGGUUACUUUGUGGUGGUUCCAGACUUCUUACAUGGUGAUCCCUUCGACCAUAGCGGUGACAGGACUUUCGUUGAGUGGGUUAAUGAUCAUCCAGUGGCCGGAAUAAUUGUCGAAGCAAAAUUAGUGAUUGAAGCUCUGAAGUGUAAGGGAGUGUCCAAAAUCGGCUGUGCAAGCUUCUGUUGGUCAGCCCAAGCUGCUAUGGGAUUAACCACGCCCGAUUAUAUCCAGGCGCUAGUGCUAUUACAUCCUGCAUUUAUCUCAGUGGAUGAUGUCCUGGCGGUUAAGGUUCCUAUUGAAAUUCUGGGAGCUGAGAACGACGCUGUCACUCCACAAGCAACAAUUAUACAGUUUGAGGCGGCCUUGGAGGCUAACCAUCAGGUUGAUUACUAUGUGAAGAUAUAUCCCGGGGUUGAACAUGGUUGGACCGUGAGAUACGACACCAAUGACAAAGAGGCUGUUAAGAAGGCAGAGGAGGCUCACAAAGAUAUGCUGAAUUGGUUUGCCAAGUACCUGGCCUCGUCUUCCUUAAGCAAUGUGGGAGGGAAAGCCCUAGAUUUCAUGUAUACCCCAACUACCCCUGGGAAAGGCCAAGCUAUGUGGCCCACAAGAUUUGAAGAUUAUGGUUAUGGUGAUGAUCAAAUCCUGAGAUCAAGGGUCAUGAUGCUGGAAGCUAAUCAAAGAGGGAUGAAGAUCAUGCUAGCUGCAAUCUUCAUUGUCUGCAUGUUUUCCUUGUUGGCCACCAUCAUCCCCAAGCUGUGAAAUGAUCGAGAUGUAAUAAUAGCUUGCAUUUUGAACAUCUUUCUAUUUUGCAAUGGAAUAAAGUUUUGGCCGUUCUCCAUU